ACCGUAUUUACAAAUCAUCAAAUCAAACGCACAAGGCAAUGAAUGUUAAAUAAUUAAAUAUAAUAAAUUCAUGUCAGUCAAAUUCUCAUCAAAACAUACGUUUUAAUUCGUUUUAAGGAAAUAUUAAUAUAUGUUCACACGAAUAUUGUUUGAAAUGUUUUGAUCGUUUAAUGUCGUAUAAAAUGUGAUUAUCUGUGUGUGUUGAACUGUUACGUGCCAUCUGAGGAUCUGAGUAUCGUAUACCAGCUGUACAACGAAUACGAAACCUAACUCGAAAUCCAAAAUGUCAGAUGAUUGUAACUCUUCACACAGCUCAGAUAUGGCGCACGAGACAGCCGGCGGCGCUGACGGCUCCCCGCACCACACGCCGUCGCCGCCGCACGCCGCGCACCUGCCCAUGGCAGACACCAGCUUCCAUCAUCAGAUUAUGCAGAAUCAGAGCCCAAGAAAGAAUCAUAUCGCGGAGAGAGCGAAACAAUCCUUAGAAAAUACUUUCCUGCUACAAUUGAAGAAACAACAGCAACUGCAGCAGGAGAUCCUGCUGCAGUCGUUCCAGCAGCAGCGGCAGCAGCUCGCCCAGGAACAUGAACAGCAGCUCAGGCUUCACUUUAAGAUGUGGGAGCAACAGAAAGCGGAGGCGGCGCUACGGGAGGCCCGAGAGGCUCGUGAGGCAAGAGAGGCCCUCGAGAGGCACGAACGGGACCGAGUGGAGCUGCUGCGGAAGAAAGACAAACUGGAGCCCAGCGCCAAUGCUUCCACGCAAGUCAAACAGAAACUACAGGAAUUUCUGAAGAAGAAACAGGCCGCCGCUAAUGCCAAUGGAACUGUGCCAGGCUCACCCUACAGGAAUUGGGGCAUCGUAAAGUCAUCAUCAGGCGAGUCCAUCACAUCGACAGGGGCGACGGCGACGGCGCACCCUUACCGCCUGGCUGGCCCGCUGCCGCUCACCCUCAACCAGCAGCCCGCGCAGCCCUCGCCAGCAGACUACCCGCUGCGGAAGACAGCGUCCGAGCCCAACAUGCUGAAGGUGCGGCUGAAGGCGCGCGUCAUCGAGCGCCGCGCCUCGCCGCUCGCGCGACGUCCGCUCAAGACGCGCGUCAAACACCGCAACUGCGAGGGCGGAUCUCCGCGCGGGUCCCCGCCGGGCGCGGGGGGCGCGGGGGGCGCCACGGCCCCCAUCCGCGAGGAGGAGGAGUGCCCCCGCGCGCCCGACCUGCUGUUCUCCUCGCCCUCGAUGCCCAACAUCUCGCUGGGGCGGCCGCACGCGCCGCCGCCGCGCCAUCCCGCGCAUCCGGCGCAUCCCGCUCACGUUGUGCAUCCCGCGCAUCCCGCGCAUCCUGCGCACGCGGCACAUCCCGCGCACGCCGCGCCCACGCAACCGGUGGGCGUGUCGCUGCCGCCGGUGUCGGAGGCGGAGGCGUUCUGCGGGGCGGCGGGGGCGGCGGGGGCGGCGGGGGCGCUGGGCGCGCGGCUCGCCAAGCGGCCCCUGGGGCGCACGCACUCCGCGCCCCUGCCCCUGGGGGACCCCGCGCUGCACCCGCCCGCCGCGCACCACUACCUGCGCGACCAGAUACGGAAGACGGUGCUGACGCGCGCGCACGACGCGGCGGCGGCGCAGCUGCGCGAGGAGGAGGGCGAGGUGAUCGACCUGACGGCGCGGCGCGGGCCGGCGGCGGAGCCCGCGCCGCUGGCCCGCGCGCUCUCGUCGCCGCUGGUGGGCGCGCGCGCCGCCGCCACGGGGCUCGCCUACGACGCGCUCAUGCUGAAGCACGGGUGCGCGUGCGGCGCGCACGCGCCCACGCACCCCGAGCACUCGGGCCGGCUGCAGUCGGUGUGGGCGCGGCUCUGCGAGACGGGGCUGGCCGCGCGCGCCACGCGCACGCGCCCCCGCAAGGCCUCGCUCGAGGAGCUGCAGGCGGUGCACGCCGACGCGCACGUGGCCGUGUUCGGGGGCCGCGCGCGCGCAGGCGACGUGCGCCAGCUGGUGCGGCUCUCCUGCGGCGGCCUGGGCGUCGACUCGGACACGGCCUGGUGCGACCCCCACACGGCCGCCGCCGCGCGCAUGGCCGCCGGCGCCGUGCUCGACCUGGCCGUGCGCGUCGCGCGCGGGGACCUGCGCAACGGGUUCGCAGUGGUGAGGCCGCCGGGCCACCACGCGGAGCCCAACCAGGCGAUGGGCUUCUGCUUCUUCAACUCCGUGGCAGUCGCCGCAAGGAUACUGCACACCAAACUUAAACUGCAAAGGAUACUCAUCGUCGACUGGGACGUGCACCACGGGAACGGCACGCAGCAGAUCUUCUACGAGGACCCGCACGUGCUGUACGUGAGCGUGCACCGGCACGACGACGGGAACUUCUUCCCGGGCACGGGCGCCGCCACCGAGUGCGGCGCGGGCGCGGGGCUCGGGUACAACGUCAACGUGGCCUGGUGCUCCGGGCCCGACCCGCCCUUCGGGGACGCCGAGUACCUCGCCGCCUUCCGCUCCGUCGUCAUGCCCAUCGCCAAGGAGUUCAAUCCGGAGGUAGUGCUGGUGUCGUGCGGGUUCGAUGCCGCGGCCGGCCACCCCGCGCCUCUGGGCGGGUACAUGGUGUCGGCCGCCUGCUUCGCGCACAUGACGCGGGAUCUCAUGACCCUCGCCAACGGGAAGGUGGUGCUGUCGCUGGAGGGCGGGUACGAGCUGCCGGCGCUGUGCGACUGCGCGGCCGAGUGCGUGCGCGCGCUGCUGGGCGAGCGGCCCGCCGAGCCCGCGCUCGCGGAGCUGGCCCGCGCCCCCCUCCCCCGCGCGCAGGCCGCCCUCCGCACCGCGCUCGCCGUGCAGGCGCAGCACUGGCCCGUGGUAAAGCGCUACAGCGAAUCGGUGGGCCUGUCGGCGCUGGAGGCGGGCGCGAGUGGUGUGGGGGGUGUGGGGGGUGCGGGGGGCGCGGGGGGCGCGGCGGGCCGCCUGCAGACGGAGCGGGACGCCGCCGACACGGCCGCCGCCAUGGCCACGCUCUCCAUGCACCACGCGCCGCCCUGUCUGCGGUCGGCGGAUAGUUCGCGGUCGGUAUCAGAGGAGCCAAUGGAGCAAGACGAAGGCAAGUGAAGCGCCCCGGAGCGACCUGGCCUCCACUUCGCCCGGACGUAGCGCGGCCGGUCCCGUCCGGCCCGUGCGGCCCGUCC